AUGGCUACUAAACCAACUUUUGCGGUUAGCUUCACUGUGAUGCUCGUGCUCAUGGUAACUUCUUCCACGGUGACAGCACGACCUCUCAUGAAACCAACCGUAGGCGCACCUUCUCCUUCCACAAGCCUUGUGUACCGUCUUAGGCUUGAUGAAGAAACAGGUUACUGCUGGGAUUCAUUGAUGCAGCUCCAACACUGUUCUGGAGAGCUGAUCUUGUUCUUUCUCAACGGUGAGACUUACAUUGGCCCAGGGUGUUGCAGUGCUAUAAGAACCGUGGGAAGCAAGUGUUGGCCUACUAUGAUUGGUGUUCUUGGUUUCACUGCUCAAGAAGGUGACAUGCUCCAAGGUUAUUGUGAUGAUGAACACGAUGAACAUGCUCUUGCCUUCUCACCACUGCCUACUACGGUUGCUUGA